UAUAUAUGAGGCCAUAUGGGUAGAGUGGAUACCAUUCUAGUAGAGCUGCCAGUCGUCCACUCUAAAAAGGAAAAAAUAAUGUCACCUGCAGAUUUUGUUAUUUUUGGGGUACUUGUCGGAGCCCUAUGGCAGUUUAUUCAUCUGUACCGAGCCCUGUUUUCCAACAAGACGCAGCACAAGCCACCACCAGGUCCCCCUGGUUUACCCUUGAUCGGUCACUUCCACAUGUUAGGAAAACUCCCCCACCGCACCCUCUACAAGCUGUCCCAAAAAUAUGGCCCCAUAAUGUCGAUUCGCCUUGGUUCGGUCCCAACCGUUAUCGUAUCAUCCCCUGCUGCAGCCGAGCUCUUCUUCAAGACCCAUGACAGCGUCUUCGCUAGCCGUCCCGCGUCUCAGGUGGCAGAUUACUUGUUUUAUGGAACCAAAGGCAUUGGGUUUACCAAGUAUGGCGCGUACUGGCGUAACGCGAGGAAGUUUUGCACGGUGGAGCUUCUUAAUGCGGAGAAGGUUAAGUCCAUGGCGGGGAUGAGAAGGGAGGAUAUGAUGCUGCUUGUGGAGUCCCUGAAACAAGCUGCGGCUGCGAGUGAGGUGGUUGAUAUUAGCGACAAGGCGUGUCAUCUGAUUGAGGCGAUGACAUGUAGAAUGUUGUUUGGAAAAAGCAGAGAUGAGAAGUUCGACUUGAGUGCCAUAGUGCAUCAUAUGGCAGAGGAUUUGGGAGCGUUCAAUAUUUCGGAUUAUAUCCCAUUUUUACGCCCACUUAAUCUACAGGGAUUGACAAGACGGUUUAAAGUUACUAGCGAAGCUGUAGACAAAAUACUAGAAACUAUAAUCGAUGAUCAUGAGAAAGAUGCAGCUAAUGGCUACAAGAAUAAUGACAGGGAUUUUGUUGAUGUAAUUCUCGCUUCAAAAAUGGAUCCUGUGGGUACUCAUGAGCAAUUAGCCCGAAACAUUGAUCGAUCACAUAUUAAAGCAAUCGUGCUGGACUUGAUUUUCGGAGCAAUAGAUGCAUCCCCUACUGCAAUUGAAUGGACCAUGUCAGAACUGAUCAGACAUCCGAGGGUGAUGAAACUCCUACAAGAAGAGAUUAAAAAUAUCACAGAGGAUUGUGAAUUUGUGGAAGAGUCGCAUCUGUCAAAACUAGAAUACCUAGAUAUGGUAGUCAAGGAAAGCAUGAGGUUGCAUCCGGUGACACCAAUAAUAGCUCCUCAUGAGUCGAUGGAGGACAUUGUGAUCGACGGAUAUCACAUACCCAAGAAAUCACGAAUCAUUGUCAACAGUUGGGCGCUAGGACGAGAUCCAAGAUUUUGGUCUGAAAAUGUCGAAGAAUUUGUUCCGGAGAGAUUUGAAGGUAGUAACAUAGAUCUUCUGGGACAAAGUUUUCAUAUUCUACCGUUUAGUUCUGGCAGAAGAGGUUGUCCUGGAAAACACUGGGGGCUGCUAACUAUAAAAUUGGUGGUAGCUCAGUUGGUACGCAGCUUCGACUGGGAACUACCUUUGGGCAUGUCACCUGAUGAGUUGCCUAUGGAUGAAGUUUUUGGUCUGUGUGUACCAAGAGCAAGUCAUCUCCUUGCCAUACCAAGAAUCCACUUACCAUAAAUUUAACAUGAAGAUUUGCCUGUGUCUUUAGGGCAUCUCGGACUGCUAAUCUUUGGAUGUAAAUAUUGUCAGAUCAUGAACAUAGCUAAAAUGUUAUUUUCUCUCUUA